GCUGCCUUGCGUUUCCGUUUCCCUCUCCUUCCCUCUUUCCGUCCUCAUUCUCCGCGGUUUAGAGGACACGAGCUGCCUUGGGUUUGUGGUUGGUGGUGGCAGGAUGUUGGCUUCUCGGGCAUUUAGUCUUCUUGGCAAGCGGGCCAUUUCCACUUCAGUCUGUGUGAGAGCCCAUGGGCAUGGUAUUGCAAAAACGGAAGAUUUCAGCCUGCCAGCUUACAACGAUCGUCGGGAUGUUCCAUUGCCUGAAGUUGAGUUUAUAAAAAGUCUGUCUUCGGAGCAGAAGUCCUUGAAGGAGAAAGAGAAGGCAUCAUGGACUGCCCUUUCUUCUGCUGAGAAGGUUGCAUUGUACCGCAUCAAGUUCCAUGAGACCUUUGCUGAAAUGAACAAGGGGUCAUCUGAAUGGAAGACUGUUUUCGGUGGGGUAUUCUUCUUUAUAGGCCUCACUGCUUUUGUUGUCAUUUGGCAAAGGAUGUAUGUUUUUGGGCCAAUCCCUCGCACUUUCACUGAUGAUUGGAAGGCCAUGCAGACCAAAAGAAUGUUAGAUAUGAGAGUGAACCCAAUUCAAGGCUUCUCGGACAAGUGGGACUACGACAAGAAUGAAUGGAAAAAAUAAAUGCACUCCAGGGAUCGCCACUCCUGUUCUGGCUUGAAAUGUUGAAACCAUUCCUUCAUCUCCACGUGACCUCGCUGCUUCUGUGUAUGGGGAAGAAAAUACCCCUCUAUUGAAAGAGAAACCUUUAAUAAAUGUUUGGUUUGCUUGACAA